AUGCAAAGAAACUCAGCGAAUUCAAUUGGUGACCAGCAUGCAUACGCUGGUACUGCUGGUUGGCAGAAUAACUAUAAUUGUAGUUGGCAGCGAGCGCCGUCACAUCCAAUAUCUGGAAUGCCAGAUUUAUCAAUUUUUACUGAAAAUGAGCUUCGCAAAUUUAUUUUGUUAUUGCAUCAGAUGCAAUAUAAACCACGGAAUCCAAGACUGUAUAAAACCGCAUUAUGUCGAUACUGGUUGGUAGGAAUACCUUGUCGUUUUGGAAAUGCCUGUUGGUUUGCCCAUGGCCCACAUGAAGUGCAGGCACCCAAUCUUGUUUUCCCAAGGAAUCUUGUUGAACAUUUGACAAUGUUUAUUAAUCAGCAACCAGUUGUAAAUGAAAUACCACCAAUAAAUCCACAGAAUCGGGUGGCACAAUUCAAUGCAAACUUCAAUGGAACUCAUCAGAACAAUUCGAAUUCCGAUUUAAAUGGCAAUUUUUCCGGCUCAGCAUUAUGGAACCUAAAUAAUAUUAACUCGAAUCAAGCCAAUUCUCCAAAUGUGAACCAAUAUCAUCCUUUUCUCCCUCAAAACUCGCAAUUUUCAUGCUUAACUGGACAAAGAAUCUAUCCACAUCAAUUUACAUGA